CGCUGGGUAAUGACGUUUAGCUCAUGGCGUCACUAAAGUGACCCGGGAAGGUGGAACGCAAAUAACGUGUCUCUUCAGCGGCGGGAAGUUCCUGGGAGGUAUUACCUGUAUUACAGACUAUUAUAUCGCACUGCAAUAGACACAGACAUCCGUAAGCAUGCCAGAAUGGGGUUCCUACUAUGCCAAUGAGGAGGGAGAUGAAGGUGAAGAUGUGGAAGAUGGAGAAGCAGAACAUAGUGAGUUCCGUUUCGGGGGUAGAGACAGCCUAAUCUUCCUUGUUGAUGCCUCAAAACAAAUGUUUAGGAGUCUGGAUGAUGAUGAUGCUUCAACACCAUUUGACAUUGCUCUGCAGUGCAUCCGUAGUGUCUACACCAGCAAGAUCAUCAGCAGUGACCGUGAUCUCUUGUCUGUGGUGUUUUUUGGUACCAGAGAAAGCAAAGAUCCGCUUUCUAUAAAACACACGUAUGUUCUUCAUGAUUUGGAUACACCAGGUGCAAAGCGAAUUCUGGAUCUGGACAAAUACCGGGAGGCGAAAGGAAGAUUGUACUUCUCUGAAACCAUAGGUCAUUCAGAAGAUUUCUCCCUGGGGGAUGCUCUCUGGCAAUGCUCAAACCUCUUUAGUAAAGUUAAAUUACAAAUGAGUCACAAGCGCAUAAUGCUGUUCACUAAUGAAGACAAUCCACAUUCCAAUGAUGCUGCCAAAACAACGCAGGCAAGAAUCAAGGCAAAGGACCUGCGUGACACUGGGAUCUUCUUGGAUCUCAUGAAUCUUGAGAAAACUGGUGGUUUUGACAUAUCUUUAUUUUAUCGUGAUAUUGUAAACACUGAUGAGGAUGAGGACCUUGGUGUGCAGAAUAAAGCAUCCAGCAAGGUAGAGGACCUCAUGAGAAGAGUGCGGGCCAAGGAGAACAAGAAGAGGGCCCAGUGCAGAAUCUCUCUGAAGCUGAGUGAUGACCUGUGUCUCACAGUGGGUGUGUUUAAUUUGGUGAUAAAAGCUACGAAACCCUACCCUGUAAAGCUGUACCGUGAGACCAAUGAGCCCGUAAAAACCAAGACACGUUCUUUCAACAAGGAGACGGGCAGCCUGCUGCUUCCCAGUGACACGAAGAAAGCUCAGACUUACAGUAACCGGCAGAUUGUUUUGGAGAAGGAAGAGACAGAAGAGCUGAAGAGGUUUGAUGAUCCUAGCUUAGUAUUAAUUGGGUUUAAACCAAUCAGUCUGCUUAAGAAACACCAUUUUAUAAGGCCUGCACAGUUUAUUUACCCAGAGGAGUCUCUCAUCAGUGGUAGCAGCACUUUAUUUCAGGCCUUGCUUAUCAAAUGCCUAGAACGACAGGUUAUGGCCAUUUGCAGGUAUACCCCCCGGAGAAAUACACCACCACGUUUUGUUGCAUUGGUACCACAGGAGGAAAAACUGGAUGAGGAAAACGUACAGGUUAAACCCCCAGGUUUCAAUCUUAUUUUCAUUCCAUUUGCUGAUGACAUUCGUAAAAUUGAAUACCCAGAACAUAUACCGGCUAAUGACGAACAGGUGGACAAGAUGAAGGAAAUUGUGCAUAAACUCAGAUUUAAAUACAGGAGUGAUGCCUUUGAGAAUCCCGCACUGCAGCAGCACUUCCGGAACUUGGAAGCCCUUGCUCUUAAUUUGACUGAGCCUGAACCCAUUGAAGAUCUGACACUGCCAAAGGUUGAGAUGAUUGAUAAACGUUUAGGAAGUCUCGCAGAAGAGUUUAAAGAGCUAGUCUAUCCACCUGGCUACAACCCAGAGGGCAAGGCCGUGAAAAGAAAACAAGGUGGUGGGGAUGGCCAGGCUGAAAAGAAAGCCAAGACUGACACUGCUCUCUCUGAAGCAGAACUUAGAGCCUAUGUGAAGAAUGGCACCCUGGGAAAAUUAACUGUACCAGUGCUUAAGGAAUCAUGUCGGGUUUAUGGGCUGAAGGGUGGUAAAAAGCAGGAAUUGCUGGAUGCGCUUAUAGAUUACUUUAAGAAACACUGAACUAUUAAUCCUUAUUCAACAGUUAACUGUGUUUGUGUUUCCAAAGACCUAAUUAUAAUACUAUACAGUUUGUCUGAAACCAAAUUUACUGAAGCCUUAAUCUAUCCAGUAGUGUGUUGUGAUUAGUCUGGUUACAAUGGAAUGCUUUCUAAAAAAAUAAAUCCCAGUUGCAUAAAAGUGAGCAGACAGCUAUUUUGUGGACUGUACCAUUUUUCACUUGUCUAGGUAAUAGGUUAGUCUGUUUAAUAUAGAGACUACAUUGUUUUAGCUCUCUGAAUUGCUGUCCUUAGUGUAAAUUAUAUCACAUUCUUUUAACUGCUUUCACCAGGAGCAAUAUGGUUAGAGAUAUCCUACGAGUUGUGUCAGAUAAUUGGAACAAGCACUUAUUUGGUUUUUUUUCUAUAUUGAGCAACUUUUCCUCUGAUCUGCAAGCAGCUUUCCACUUGCACUAUGACAGUUUCAUUGGACAGGCUCAGAGAAUGUGGAUUCUUGUAAAAACAUCUGCCUUCUGUAAUGUUUUUUGUUAUUAAAGGAAAGAAAUUUGAUUGAA